GAGGAUGCCACAUUGAUCAACGACCAGUGGCUGGAUCACUGCCGGGAGGAGGGACGAUUUCUGGCUCCCGAGGCUUACCCUGUGAAAGAUAGGACCGGAGAGAAACAGCACAAGUUCUCCCUCUCCAAGUCAGUGGAGCUGGCUGGCUGCAGUAAACUGCUGUCUGGUCAAAAGGUGUUCCUCUCUCCUUCCAUCAAACCCCGCCUUCUGAAAUGGGUGACAUCAUCACCUGCAGUGGAGGGGAGGUACUGACCACUCUACCUCAACCCCCGGGGGUGGGGGUAAUCAUUGUCGCAUCUCCGGACGAUCUGAGCAUGCUCAGUACGGCCGUUGAGGCAGGGAUGGCAAUUCACUCCACAGAGCUGAUUUUGGGAGGAGUUUUGAGACAAGAACUAGAUCUCACUGCCCAUCAGCUCUCAGUGGGUGGAGCCUCGUCCUCUGGUCCCGCCCCCUCGUCAUCUGCCGCAGGUGGUACAUGGUGGAGGGAGGAGAAAGAGAAAGACUAUAGAAGAUCCUGACAUCACUAACGCCAGACCUUCAACCAAGCGAAGAAGAAAAUAGACAACUAUCUUUAUAU